AUGAAAAGACGUUUGGUCGUUGUUUUGGUGAGAAUUUUCUCCAAUUUUUCAAUAAUUCACUUUAUUUUAGGCAUUUUUUCUCUUCGGAUUGGCUUUACUCUUCUUCCGCCUAGAAAAUGGCUGCUCCAGCACAGUUCCUCAUUCCAGAAGGACCUCAAAUUGGCCGAAAUUGCAGUCAAAUAUAUCAAAGCGGGCGGCGAAUGUUACACUUGCCACAAGGAGGGUCAAAGUUUUUAAAAAUUGGACCGGAAGGAAGAGAAUGGAGCAGUGCCCUCCAAUCUAUGGGAAAAUUGGGAUUUUUAUUAGCCACUGGAAAGGCAACGAGUGGGUUUUUUACGGUUAAAAAAAAUUUUUUUUUUGACUUUUGCGAAUUUCCAUAAAAGAUGUCAUUGUGACACUUUUUUUACAAAAAAUUUUUUUUUGCUGAGACUGUCUAAUUACCUUUGAAAUUUUAUAUUUUUACAAUUUUUCUUUUUACAGGGUCUUUCAAGAAACGUGAAGGAAAGUAGGAGGCUAUAACUUUCGGCGGAGGCGGCGCAGAGAGCCCGUUUUUGGAAUAUGUAUUUUUAAGCGACAUUAUUUUUUGCCUCCGAAAUAACAAGCUUUUAGAGUGCAAACUGAGGUCGCUACGACCUUCUGAAGUAGAGGCAUCUCUACCCCGAAAACCAGGUUUUUUCGGUUGAAAAUGAUCGUGAAAUUUCGGUCUUUUUCGGUUGAAAAUCACCAAGAAAUGCCGGAUUUUUUGGGGGGUUUCGAUAGAGUUGACGUUGAAAAAAGGGAUGGAUGUUGCCAAAACGUUGAAAAGCAAAUAUUCGGCUACUCUUUAUUCUGACACUUGGGCUAGCCAGUUUUUGCUAGCAGUUUUAAAGCUUGGUUGUCAUUCCUGCCCUUUGACGCCUAUUACACCCUUUGAAUAGUUUUUGUAAGACUUCACAGCCAUUCUGGUGCCUUGGCUAGCCGUUCGAGGUUCCUCAAAUCCCUAAAUGAUGUCACGCUUCUUCGCGAAAGAUACUGAAAAAUAAACUCGAAAUUUGCCCCAAGUUGAGGCUAGCCGAAUAUUUGCUUAAUUUCCAACGUGUUGGCAACAUCCUUCCCUUUUUUUCAGCGUCAACUCUAUCGAAACCCCCCAAAAAAUCCGGCAUUUCUUGGUGAUUUUCAACCGAAAAAGACCGAAAUUUCACGAUCAUUUUCAACCGAAAAAACCUGGUUUUCGGGGUAGAGAUGCCUCUACUUCAGAAGGUCGUAGCGACCUCAGUUUGCACUCUAAAAGCUUGUUAUUUCGUAGGCAAAAAAUAAUGUUGCUUAAAAAUACAUAUUCCAAAAACGGGCUCUCUGCGCCGCCUCCGCCGAAAGUUAUAGCCUCCUACUUUCCUUCACGUUUCUUGAAAGACCCUGUAUUUCUGGUAAAAUCUAAACCUUGCCUGGGCGCAGCUCGCGCACAAAAAUUUCUUCUAAAAUCACUCCUUAUUUCUUAAAAUAGCCUAUACUCGUCAUUUCCUUUCUUAAAAAUAAUUCUGUCAAUUUUUCAGCCCCUCAGUUGAUUUCCAGGGCGCAGCUCGCCAAGAAAAAAAAUUGAAUUUUUCCUUUAUUUUUUUGAUCAUGCCCGCGAAUCCUUAGAAAUAUAUUUCCUUUAAAAGCUAAUAAAACUUGAUCUAAAAACGUAGGGGGCUUGUGCUGGACCAUACAACUUGGAUUAAUUCUUUGAAAUAAAUUUUGGGGUUGAGAAUGGACGAGGGGGGUUGUACUGGGUCAUGGGGGGCUAAACUGGACUGGGGGGCUGUACUACCUUAGCCCCAACUUUUAUUACACAUUGAUUUCAGCACGCUUUCUCCCAUUCCACUCGACUCCAUUCGUUGUUAUGUGAAGUCGACAAAUUACACUUUGUUCGAGAUUGAUAUGAACACUGAUAGAGAGACUCGGAGGCACUGUUCACAAUACAAGGAUAUUAUGUUUAGAAGGCACUGUGCCGUCACGUUGUAUGCCAAGAAAGUGGAUUGGCUUGUGGUUCUGGAUGCAGGUAAGAAAGCCAUUUCUUUUAUCGUUUUUUUCGAAAAAAGCCCUGAAAAAUAAGUCAUGAUGACGUUUUUUUGAAAUUUUUGAAAAUUUAUUUGUCAUUAUGCGAUGGUUGCAGUCUUUUGUUAACACUUUUUUUGCAUCUUCAACAAAUUUAAAAAAUUGCCAGGGCGCAGCUCGCGGGGUAAAAACUUAGCUUAACUGGUGUAGGAUUGAUUUUACACUUUUCUAUAAUAAAUCCGGACCACAGAAAUGGCAUUGUCGAUUUUCUUCUUUUCGAAAAUAAUUUCCCUGGGCGCAGCUCGCAGAGUCAAAAACUUGAAUAAACCGCUAUAAAAUUUCAUUAAAAUAUUUUUUAGGCCCCUAUGGUUCCCGAAAUUUCCUUUUUAAACUAUUUUUACCCUGAUUUUCCGUAAAAUUAAUAUCUUUCCUGGGCGCAACUCGCGACUUUAAAUUCUUGUUUUUUUCAGACACUGCUGUGGUGAAUCCGAGUCAUUGCAUUGAAGAGUACAUUGAUCCAUCAGUUGACAUCAUUUUCUACGAGCGUUUUCACAAUUUUGAAAUUGCCGCAGGAAAUUUUCUCGUCAGACAUUCAAAAUUUUCGCAAAAGUUCUUGUUGGAUUGGGCAGGAUAUUUCAAUGAGAGGCAGACGAAAGAAGGAGAGUGGUUCUCAAACAGAGAUAAUGGAGCCUUGCUGGUAAGAUUUAAUUUUUUUAUUUUAUUUUUUUUUUUAUUUUUUUACUAAUUUUAUUCAUUUUUAUUUUUUUUAUUUUCUCAUUUUUUAUUUCUAUUUUAUUUAAGAUUUUUUUAUUUUUGUUAUUUUUAGCAUUUUGGUUUUUUUUAUUAAUUUUUUCUUUUUUUAUUUUUAGUUUUUUAUUGAUUUUUUAUUUUUUUAUUAUUUUUUUUGAUUUUUAUUUUAUUUAAGAUUUUUUUUAUUUUUAGCUUUUUGAUUUUUUUUAUUGUUUAAAUUUUUUAAUUUUUUUUUAGAUUCAUCUCGCCCGAAAUCUGCGGCCGGAAGCCGAACCCGAAAUUGAUUACUGCAACGAAGUUUGGCACAAUAUCGAAGGCCUGGGUGAGUAUUUUGCCUACGUGACAUGCGUUCGUUGGAUUCUGGGGGCUCAACGGAAAUUUCCGGGCAAAAUUCGAAUCCACCGAAGAGCCGAUGGGAUUGCACGUGACCUUUGGGUUAAUGAUCCGGUCUUUUGCGAACACGACUUUAUGUUACACGGAUUUAAAGAUGAGAAGAGGGGAAAUCCGAUUUUUUCGGUGGGUUUUUGAGAUAUCUUUUUUUGUUUUUAUUAUGUAAAAUUAUUUUUUAUUAAUUUAUUUUUUGAUUUUUUAGGAAGAAUUUGAUGUUUCGAAAUGUGGUCGCAACUUUAAUGGCUGGAAUUGGAACAGAACAUUCGUUGUUUCAUGCGAAAGAGUGAAGGAAGAGUUGAUCAGAAGUGAGGAUUUUUUCCGAUGGGUGUGGUUCCCAAACGCCUCAAGAGUUGAUCAUUUUAUGAACUAUCAAGAAAUGUCAAGAUGUUGGCCAAAUUGCGACAAGAGAAGGGGAAAGAGGAUAUGA